AUGCUUAACGUUCCAUCAUUUACCAGCAGCAACAUGGCGCUUCUUAAUCAAAAAGCGUUUGAACGCAAGCUGCAAAAUAUGUCGUCCGCGCAGGACAGUGUGCAAACAGUUUCCUUGUGGAUGAUUCAUCACAAAAAGAAUGCCAGCGAUAUGGCGAAUGUGUGGUUGGACCAGCUCAGAAGAGCUUCAAAAGCUGAUCGCCGAUUGGUGUUGUUUUAUUUGGUGAAUGAUGUUCUUCAAAACAGCCGCAAGAAGGGCAAAGAGUUCAGCAAUGCAUUUACGAAGAUUCUGAAAGAGGCUAUGGUUCUUCUGAGCGAGAGUUCUAUUAAAGGAAGCGUGGAAAGAGUUAUAAAAAUUUGGGAAGAGAGAAAAUUGUUCGAAAAGGAAUACCUCGAAGCUUUACGCAAUAAGUUAGCCUCAGGUGAUAUUGCUAUUAUAAGCAAGAAAGUAAAAGAGAAAGCUAUUGAAAAAGAGAAGGAAAAGGAGGUGAAAUCACCCAAACAAAAGAGGUUACCGCCAGCAGAUUUUAAGCCCUCUAAACUGAUAGAUGCUCUGAAAGCUUUAAGGGAUUUUGAGGGAGAACUUACUCUCAAGGAAUCUCAACUGAAUUCUUUGAGGAUUGAUGCAUCAGAUCUGGAGAGUGUUCGCCAACUAAAAGAUCGCACAGGUGGAGGAAAAUUUUGUGAAGAGUAUGAGUUGGCUACCUCUAAGUUGCAAGAGUUCUCAGAAACACUCAGGCGCGAGCAGGAAGAGAGGAAAAAUUUGAUCAAAGUACUUGAAGAUGGAGGAGCUUUCUUUGAUGUUGCCUAUGGAGAAGUUAAAGUCAUUGUUCAUGCUUACAAGACCUUUGGAAAUCGUCUCACAUCAUUGAAGAAAAAAGUUGAUGGCAAAAUGAACAGGCUAGCUCAGAAGGAAGCAGAGAAAGCAAAGACAGGGCCUGUAACAGCACCACAAUCAUCAUUUCUCACAUCAGGCCUUCCUGAAGUUGCAGAAGGAUCAGCCCCAUCAACUCCAACAGAAGGAAAGAAAGGCAGCAACAAAUCCCCAGAGGAAGAAAAACCCAUCGAUCCAACUGUUGACAACAUUGAAGUUGCUGACAUGGAAAUCGAAGAUGAUUCAGACAGUGAAAAGUCAGAGACAAGUGAGGAGGCUAGUGCAGACGAUGCCAAGGGUAGCAAUGUUCAAACACCUAACUCCACUGAAAGUUCAGAUUCCCAGCCAGCAAAAUCAACACCCCAGGAUAGUACUCCAUCAAUUUCCCCUGUUGUCAGUGUAGCGCCUGCCCAACCUCUUACUCCAAAUCUGGGUACUGUGAUGCCAUUGCGGGGCAGCAUGCUGCCUCAUCAGCCACAACUAGGUCCUCCUGGUCCAGCUCCAGUUGGAGUGGUCAUUCGUCCUUUUAUGGGGGUACAAGGGGCUCGUUUUCCAGCUCCUGCACCUCAGUUCAGACCUGGAGGUCCUCCAAUACGGCCUUCUCCUAGCAUGACUCAAAAUCAGUUAAUGCAGCCGUCAGGACCCUUACCUGGCACAGGACAUGCCAUAAGGCAAGAGCAGCCAUUUCCACAACUGUCAGGUCAAACAGUGUUACUUCCGAGAGCAAAUGCGCAACUUCCGGGUAGUAUGGGGUCUCUGCAACCACUUGGUAGCGGCUUUGUACACAGUCAAGCACCUUUGCCAGUUGCAGCACCUCUUCAGGUCAUGACAGGUUCAGUCCCAGGAACUCAGAUACACCAAGUGAUUGAAGGUCUUUCACAGGCUGGUGGUACUAUUGGGUCGCCUGAUUCAGAGGCGUCUGCUCCGUCACCGGUUGGUUCUCCGGAGUUGCAUUUAGUUGAAGGUGACGAGACACCAGAAACAACACCAGCUCCACUUGGGGAUGUAGACGUAAAAGACAAUACCGGUUUUCAGACAAACAAAUCAUUCUUUGAAAAUGCUAUAAGCAACUCAGGACCAGGCCUUUCUGGGGCACAGCCUACAGCCAAGGCAUUUGUUCCUGCAAUUGUAUCGGAAUCGUCGUCUUCCAGCAGUACCCCUUCUGUUGCAGACCAGCUUGGAGGGCAGGAUGCUGCCUUGGCAAAAAAAGAUAAUGGACAAAAAGUCAGUGCUGUUGACAUAUUGGCUCAGUUGCUUAGUAGAGGAAGACAAAUGCAGCAACAGUUUGACGUGGAAGUCAAUUGUACAACCGUUGCUCCAACAGUUGUUUCUGCUCCUUCGGCUCCUUCGGCUCCUUCGGUCGCUCCACAGCAAAAUUCUGAUACGCCUCAAAGUAAACCCCUCCUCUCUUUGAUCGACUCAUUGUUUCCGAAGCUGAGUGACUCUAUAAAAACGUUGAAACAGAAAGAGCAGUCAGGUAGUUCACCUCAGUCAUCAUUUGAUCCUCCUGUAGAUAACAAUCCAAAAGGUGUGCCGUCUUGGCCAGCACCCACUGAAGGCCAAUUUCAACCUCUUUCUAAAAUCAGACCGGAGCAGGCACCUCCCCAACGGUCAGAACCACAAAUCAUUGCGAAGAGAGGACCUCAAAGUAAUGAGGAGUUUAGAGGAGAAUCAUCGUCGAACUUCUCUGAAGAAAGACCAAUUGGAGGACCGAUGGAAAUGCCUCCUGAAUCUGGAGGUAACACUGGACUUGGUGCGAGACAUGAUCACGUUGAUUCUCAGCCACCUGAGGCACGUGAAGCGACACGAGCAGGAAAUUUUCCCCGACCUGGCCCACAUUUUCUAGGUCCUUCAGUGAGAGGAGGUUCCCCGCGCUUUCCGCAGGAGCGACCUUUUGAUCGUCCUGGCAACUUGUCACCUCGUGGAAUACCGCCAUUUGGACCGAGGGCGCCUUUCCCACAAGCUCGUGGUCCCCAGUUUGAACAGGGAAGGGAUAGUGCGGGUCCACCAGUUCAAAGGCGUGACGGUCAACCAGAGAUGUCCGGGCGUGUUCCUCCCGAUCAAGUACCUCAAGGUCAUUCUCCAAGAGGUUCAUUCGAAACCACGUCUAUCCCUCCGGAGCAUCGUCAAGAACAUCGUCCACACGGGAUACCUAGGGAAGAAGGAUUUUCUAAUGGCCCACGUAUGGUGAAGAGGCUAUCAACUGAAGGAGCUCCUAUUCAUCGACCUGAUUCCCGACGGUCACCGCACGAACAGAUACCCAGAGGCGAUGCACCACCCCCUCCCCCACAUCGUGUGUCGCACUCGGGAAUGAUGAAUGACGUUGAGCGAAGGAGAGAGUUUGAACGCUGGGAAGAACACCGAAGGGAACCUUUCAGAGACCAUGGUAGAGGGCCAUGGGAAUUUCCACAUGACCAUCCUGGCCAUCCCCCUCCCGGAUGGAGAGGCCCUCCUGUGUCACCUCAUGGUGACCCUAAUCGAGUGGACUUUCGCGAAGACGACCCUUCCUUGUGGACUUCUUUCGAAGGUCCAGGGAGGUCGCCUAGGUCUCGCGAAGGAUUCAGAGAAGGCCCACCUGAAUUUAACAGAUUUCACGGCUAUGGACCUCCUGACAGAAGGCGACAUUCUUUGGGAGACUUUGAAAGUGAACGAAUGCGUCCUCCCUUAAAAAGACCGGGGCCACCUCCGGUCCCUUUUUCAGGACCUUCAAAACGCCCUUUCUAUUAACCUCGUUUAGCAAUACCUUGUCUCUUAUAUUUGAUAUUUCCUCUUUAUAAAUCUUAUUUUAUGUGGAAAGCGUCAAUAGACAGCGAAACUAUUAGAAUGCUUUCCAUGAAAGUCGACAUACAUGUGCCGGUUUUAAAAGGCCAGAAUAGUAAACUACUCUUUGGAAAGAAAAUGAAUCAUCUUAUUACCUUCUUCCUUAUUUAGUUGUGUUUUAACAUGUUUUCCCAAAUCGAUGAGGUUUACAUGUAACUUUUUCAAUAUGAUAACAAACAUCUUUUCGUUACUUCCUGUUUGCUUGUUACAAGACUCAAGUUAA